AUGUUUCUAGUGAAAAAAAUUGUUCGACGAGCGCUUUUGCUCUGUCGUUUUUCGAACCAUCCUGAUGAACAUGUCUAUUCAACGUAUGAUGAAACAUUUGCAAGUGAAUCAAUUUCAUCGAAAGAUACGCAUAGUCAUUCAAGUUCAUCCGAUGGUGGUAUCUCAUCCGGACGUGAGAGUUGGAUGAGUAGUCAAACAAAUGUUUAUGACCAAAUUUGUUAUGAUGCUAUUCAAACAACUACGGAGAAUAAUUUAACAGCAAAAUAUGAAGAUAGAUCACCACCUUAUACACCCAGUCAUUUAUCCGAUGAUGCAGCAACUGAACACUAUUAUUAUCGUUUGCCAACACCAUCGUCGAUCAAUGAAAUCAUCUCGAGUAAAUCUUCUCGUUCGCAACAAACGAAUUCGAAGAAAGAAUUACAUAAAGAAUUGGCGCAUCGACAAAAAAUGGGACAAUUAUUGCCGAAAAAACCUGAGUUACUCAAUGUUUUCAAACAUCGACGUGAAGAGGAAAAGAAGCGCGAAGAAGAACGGUCCCAUGAACAAACGAAAUUAGAGCAGAUUCUUGCUCGCCAACGGCAAAAGCUCGAAGAGAUAAAAGGAAAAACUAAUAAAAAGAAAAAGAUUCGUGCUCAAAUAUUUUCUAAAUUAAACUACGCUCUUUCAAUGCAAGUCAACAUAUCGAUCUCGAUCUUGAAUGUUCUUCUCCUUCUAUUUUCCUCGUCAUGUUCGGGCAUGAUGAUGCGUAAUCCCAUGUACGAAGCUCAUCCAUGUGAUACCUGUAGAGAAAUCGGUGAGAAGUUCAUCGAAGGCUACAGAAAAACUGCUGGAAGUAAUUUCGGAGGGGGCAAUACCGAUUGGGAAGAAAAGAAAUUGAAAGGAUAUGCGAAAAGUGAAACUCGUUUUAUUGAAAUCAUGGAAAUUGCAUGCUCAAAGUCAGAAUCUCAAUGUAGUACCUUUCUUGAAAAAUACGAAGAUCUUAUUGAAGAAUGGUAUCGAACAUCGUUAUUAGAAACAAUUGAUACUUUUACAAAAUGGUUAUGCAUUGAUACAGCGAAAGUAUGUUGUCCGCAAGGAACAUUUGGCAAGAAUUGUCGAAGAUGUCAUCAUGGCGAUAAUGGACUACUCUGUUCGGGCAAUGGACUCUGUGACGGCGAUGGUAAAAGAUCAGGCAAUGGUCGAUGUCUUUGCAAUACGAAAUAUAGUGGAACCAAUUGUUCUAACUGUCAAAGUGGAUAUACGAAAUCAGUUGAUGCAAAUAAUCAAAUAGUUUGUACAGAUAUUGAUGAGUGUCGGACAAACUUCUUUUUCCCGCCCUGUGGAUUUUAUAAAUGCAAUAAUACGGAUGGCCGUUUUGAAUGUUACGGUGAACCAUUCUAUCUUCAAUCAUCAAAAAUGAGUCUUAUAAUUGUUCUUUUCAUUACAACAAGCAUCCUCAUGUACAAAGAUAUGCAAAAUCUUGCGUUGCUAACUUGCAUCCUAACAGCUGUACUAGUAUUCGCUUUCUCUCGAAAUAUUCUGUGA